AUGGAAUUAGUACCGCUCAUUGUACCAGUAUUAACAUUGGUCAAUAAUAUUUGUCAGUGGCUUCAAUCUAAUAAUAAAGAUAAAAAAAAAAAGGAGUUGCAUGAAUUGGAGAAGAAACUGAAUAAUUUAGAAAGAACACUAAAUGAUCUUAAAAAUUAUAAGGGUCAUUCCUCCCCUUUUAAGAAUACAUUAAAUGAUUGUUCUGAAACUUUGAAAGAAAUCAAGAAUUAUCUUAAUAGCAAGAAAAUAGGACGU